UGGCCCUUCGCCCUACAUGGGCCGAUUGAGGCCCCUCUGGUCAAGAGCCCAGGGACAACAGAGGAGCCGUGACAGAAGCGAGCGGUAGCCUCACGCUCCCCGGGUCAAAGGAGAGCCUGGCAUCGCAGCCUCCGGGAGGCUGAGGCAGGAGGAUCGCGAAUGUCAGGCCAAACUGCACAACACAGCGAAACACCGUCUCAAAAAAUAAUAAUAAACUAGGUAAACAAAAGAAAGCAGGAGAGGCAUGCGACGUCAUCUUGAGUUGGGGAAAAGAAGGCCCGGGGAGCCCAUUUGAACGACAGCCUCCUAGGUGAACGGGACAGUAGAGGUGCGGUUUGACCUGGAGGUCUGCAAGGAGAAGCCGGAAGACCCUGGCUCCGCCCCUUCCGCGCCGGAGCGGGGCUAAUGAAAGCGGGUGGCCCGCUCUGCGCAAGCGCGGCGCGUCAGCUGAGCGCUGGGCCCACUGGGCUAGGCCAACUCUUCAGUACCUGUUGCCAAGACUCCGCCUCCGUCUACCCCGCCCGCUGGCUGCGGGCCGGGCGGAGGCAGGCAGUUGCUUAGUCUCCGCCCCCUCCAGCCUUAACCUGGCGCGGCCGCUGGGCGCUUGGCCCCCGCCUGGCACCACCGGGGGAAGGGCGCCCUAAAGGGGGAGGCUGACGCUUAGCGCCGGGGCCCGACCGAGUGACGAGCUGCCCUUGGUUGUCAGUGAGGAACGAGGACACCGCCGCGCUCCCCACCCAGCUGCCGACGAUCCCUAGGCAGCAGAGAUGUCAGCCGCCGGCGUCCGAGGCCUACGGGCCACCUAUCACCGGCUCCUUGAUAAAGUGGAGCUGAUGCUGCCGGAGAAAUUGAGGCCGUUUUACAACCACCCGGCAGGCCCUAGAACAGUUUUUUUCUGGGCUCCAAUUAUGAAAUGGGGCUUGGUGUGUGCCGGAUUAGCUGACAUGGCCAGACCUGCAGAGAAACUCAGCACAGGUCAGUCUGCUGUGUUGAUGGCUACAGGAUUUAUUUGGUCAAGAUACUCACUGGUAAUUAUACCCAAAAAUUGGAGUCUGUUUGCUGUUAAUUUCUUUGUGGGGGCAGCAGGAGCCUCUCAGCUCUUUCGUAUUUGGAGAUAUAACCAAGAACUAAAAGCUAAAGCAGUCAACUAAGAGAGUUGCUGACCAUCUGAACAAUAUAGAUGUGGACAUAACUAUUGGGACAUUGUUUAUUUGAUUAUUAACAUGAAGAUGAUAACUGCUAACAUUUGGAAGGAACAACAAACCUAGCUGUAACUAUGAAUCAAAACGUGAUUACACAGAAAAAUAAAGUAAAAUUUUAAUAACCCUCUUUA